AUGGGAAAGGCGAAGCCUCCGAAAUUUGGCUCUGGUAGAAAAGCCACACUUCUAUCAACAAUCAAUCAGAGCCUGUCCUUCCAUGCAUCGCCGGAGCUAUUUCUGUCCACCGCACCUGGGGCGGCAGAUGAAACUCGAGAUCAAUCGAAUGCAUUGCCUUCCAUUGUUCGCGCAAAGAUCCUGAAUCGCGACGUCGCCGUCAUCUCCUCGUACCGGCACUGUCGGGACAUUCUCCAGGCUACGCAUGGCGCAUCAUUAUCCCCCACGGAGCCUGGAUCUGUGGCCCGUGACGGUGGCGAUCCCAUCACCCCUAGUACAUUUACCGUGGGUCCUGCGUAUCGCGAACUGAUGUCUGAUUUUUUCCCGCUGCCAAACCUGCUCCUGCUGGACCUCCCAGGACAUUCACAGGCCAAGUUGCAUUGGGAAGAGCACUUCGCCCGGGUAUUCGCUCAAAUCCCAAAUCUUAUACGGGACACCGUUGUCGACCAUUUAACUACCUGGUCACAUGGCUCCACGGUCGACCUGUACGAACAAAUGAAAGAUCUCUCCUGGAAAGUUCUGUGCGCCGUAUUCCUCGGCUUGUCGCCUGGCGAUGACCAAUACCGCACUAUCAUCUCUCUCCAGGAGGACUUACUGCGUGGACAGUUCUCGCUUUUCCCGGUCUCCAUCAAUACCCCACUCUGGCGAUCCCCGCGGUGCAAGGGCAUUGAAGCGAGGAAAAAGCUUCAGGUUGUCCUCGGAGAGAUGAUGACGACGCGGACAGCGGAUGGUAAUCCUACCUGCCCCUUCGCCCAACCAAGCGAUAGCGAUGGAGGCCUCAACAGUGAAGAGCUAGCAGGGAACACCCUCUUAUUCACUAGCUCUAUCGCGAUCAAAGCCUUGGCUUCGCUCCUGACAGCUUCUCUGCUCAACCUCUUUCUCUUUCCCAGCCAACCUCCAUUGGCUUCCAUGGUUCGCCGAAAACACGCUCAUGGGAAAACGCAUGAGGACAGUGACCUACUUCGGAGUAUUCUCUUAGAGACGGAGCGGUUGAGUCCGCCGGUGAUCGGGGUGAUGCGACGCGUUGAACGUGACGUGGUUCUCACCGAGUGUGCAACGGAUCCGGCUCUGCAACACCAGGUGGUCGUCCCCGCAGGAUGGGACGCAUGGCUGUACUUUGUUAGCGCAUCUCGAGAUGCCUCAAUCUAUCAAAAUGCGAGCCAAUUCAUCCCAGACCGAUUCCUAUCGCAGCUAGAGCCCUCACCUCCCUUGGCAUUUGGCGCAGGAGCCAAGGCCUGUCUGGGUCGCGAGGUGACGAGGACGGUGGUGAAGACGGUAGCAUCAGCGAUGCUAGAGACUGGGAUAGACUUGGUAGGGUCGAUUGAUCAGAAGGGGGUUCGAGGGUGGCUAGGAUGGGACGAUAACGUGUCCGUCGAUAUUAUUGCAAAGGAACUGAAGCAACUGCCCUGUCAGCGACCACGAGAGCCCAUUCGGGUACGGGUUGUUCGUGGGGAGUAA